AUGGCUGAUAAUAACCCAGAUGGUGGAUUAUCUGCUGAUGUCUUUUUAAUGGAAGAUAAAUUGUCGAAAAUAAGAACUCAAAUUAAUUCAAAAUUAGACAAUCAAAAGAAUUUAGCUAUUAUCUUAUCCGCUGUUGAAGAAAACAUCGAAGAACAAAAGAAUGAAAAAACACCAGUUGCAUACUUCGUCUCCUUCUUAUCGUUAUUAGAGCAAUCUGUUAAUGGCGAAACUAUUGUUGAUAGUGGAUUAGCCACCACAACGGCUUACUUUUUGGAUAUUAUUUUCCCAUUUACCCCAAAACCAUUAUUAAAGGCUAAGUUUGGUGAAAUUUUAACCAAAUUAGCUCCUCCACUUACAAGUCCAGAAUCUGAUGCACCAUUAGUCAGAUCAACUAUUGGUGCAUUGGAGAGUUUAUUGCUUGCACAAGACCAUCAACAAUGGGUUUCAUCUGGUAGCAUUUCCCCAAAGAGAGCUUUGAUUGGAUUGUUAGAAUUAUCUUUUGACCCAAGGCCAAAAGUGAGAAGAAGGGCCCAGGAAUCAGUGCACAAGAUUUUGGUUAAUCCCCCACCAUCACCUUCCCCUAUUCAUAUCGCUGCCCCAUUAUGUGGUGACUUAGCUUUAAAGAAGUUAGUUUCGUUAGUUGAAACCCAAUCCAGAAGUAAUAAGAAGAAUUCAAAUAAAGAAUCAAAUUCACAAAUCAUUCAUACAUUACAGUUGAUCACGUCUAUCACUUCUGCAAACUCGUGGCCAUCCACUCAAAUCGAACCAUUAUGCGAUAUAUUACUUGAUAUUUCAAAGACUUCAGAUCAAUAUUUAGUAACAUCUGCUUUUUCCGCAUUUGAAGGUUUAUUCAAAUCUAUGUCUAAUAUUAUUGAUGUAGAAAAGUUUACAAGGGUUUUGGAUAUCAUUUUCGAUUUGAAGCCAUCAGUUAAUGAUUCACAUUUGGCUGCUUCUUGGUUGGCUGUCGUUGCUAAGGCGUUAGAAAGUUUUGCUUCUUUAUCUCCUGAGACUUGUCUUCAAAGAAUUUCAGUUGUUGUUCCUAUAGUAUCUCAAUUUUUAUCGUCAGAUUCGAGAGAUAUUUAUACUUCUGCGUCUCAGUGUUUAAUAGCUAUAAUUACUGAAACUAUCCCUGAUAAUUACUUACUUCAACCAUCCCAAGAAAAUAACGUUUCGGCUGAAAUAUAUGAAUUAAUGGAUGAAACAGUUACAUUUAUUGCAGAACAUAUUGAAAAAGAAUUAUUAUCUAUCAAAUACCAACAUGCUACCAAGGAAAUUUUAGAAUUUAUCGCUGCUACAAUUUUGAAAUUGAGAUCCCGCUGUAAUCCUGAUUUUUUAAAUAUUUUACAAGUUGUUGGAGAAUGGCGUACUAAUGAAACUGAUUCUUUCCCACACAAUAAAGAGGCAGAAGAUGUCAUUUCGGCGUCUAUCUCUACAAUGGGACCAGAUGUCGUUUUAAGUGUUUUGCAAUUAAACUUAAGUGGUGAGGGAUCUGGAAGAGCAUGGUUGUUACCAUUAUUAAGGGAUAAUGUUCGUUUUGCUAAUUUAGGUUUCUACAGAAAAGAAAUUUUACCUUUAGUUGAAUUUUUUGAAAAGAAAGUUAAAGAUGCAACUAAUAAAGAAUCAAUGCACAUUAAGAUAUUCCAAACAAUUAUUGAUCAGGUAUGGUCACUUUUGCCUCACUUCUGUGAUUUACCUAAGGAUUUGAGAAGUGGUUUUGACGAUUCCUUCGCUGCUGCUUUGUCUGACUUGAUGUAUGCAAACGUGGAAUUGAGAAUUCCAAUUUGUCAUGCAUUAAGAUUGCUAGUUGAAUCAAAUAUUGCUUAUAGUGAAGGUGCUCUUGCAGAUGAUUUAUUAAUGCAAGAAGAAUUCCCUAUUGCAGAAUCUAAAAAGAAUUUAGAAUAUUUAGCCUCUAAGGCUUCCAACAUUUUAUCGGUUUUAUUCAAUAUUUUCACUUCAACAAUUCCUGAAUCUAGAGGAUUUGUUUUAGACACUAUUGAUACUUAUUUACAAGUUAUUCCAAAGAAUGACUUAGAAAGCACUUUUAAUAAAGUAUGUGGGUUAUUAAAAAAUAGCAUGGAUGAAGAAGCCAAUGCUGCUCCUGCUGCAAAUCAAUCGAAGUCAGAAGCUCCAAAGUUAAGUUCAACAAUGAUGGACUUAAUUGUAGCCAUGGCUAAAUACGUUCCAGAAUCAUCUCAUAAUGCAUUAUUUAGUAUCUUUUCCACCACUGUUGCAUUAGAGAAUAAUGUUCUUAUGCAAAAGAGAUCCUACAGAAUUAUCAAUAAGCUUGUUGAAACCGAUGAAGGAAAGGCCUCUAUUGUGAAGUUUAUUGGUAAUAUUGAAGAAGUUUUGGUUGCAACAGCUGAAAUAACUCAUAAAUCUGCAAGGGCCUCAAGAUUAUCAGCAAUUCAUUUGAUUUUGGAUUUAUUACCUGAAAGUGAUUUGCAUUUUAUUCCAGCAGUUUUGCAAGAAAUAAUAAUGUCUACUAAGGAUGUAAAUGAAAAAACCCGUGGUUUAUCAUAUCAAAUUUUGAUUAAGAUGGGACAUAGAAUGAGCCAGGGUGGUAUAGUUGAAGGUUCUAAAGUUCCAGGAUUUGCUGAUGAUACUCCAUCAAGUGAAGCAUCUUUAACCGAAUUUUUUACCAUGGUGAGUGCAGGGUUAGCUGCACAAACUCCACAUAUGAUCUCCGCAACAAUCACUGCAGUAUCAUGCUUAGUAUUCGAAUUCAAAGAUGAAUUACCUACUGAAGUAUUAUUGGAAAUUGCAUCAACUGUCGAAUUAUUCUUGACCCAUAAUUCAAGAGAAAUUGCAAAAUCGGCAAUUGGUUUCGUUAAAGUUGAAGUUUUGUCAUUGCCAGAAGAUUUGGUGAGAGCAAAUUUGAAAGAAUUGUUAACAAAGUUAAUGAGAUGGUCACAUGAACAUAAGGGUCAUUUCAAAUCUAAAGUAAAGCACAUCUUAGAAAGAUUGAUAAGAAAAUUUGGUGUAGAAGAGGUUGAACAAGCCAUUCCGGAAGAAGACAAGAAAUUGGUUGCUAACAUAAGAAAGACUAGAGAUAGAACGAAGAGAAAGCAAGACGCAGAAAUAGCUGAAGGUACUGAAUCUACUGGAAACAAGAAAUUCGUAUCUGCAUACGAGGAAGCAUUAUACGAUUCAGAUGACGAAGACGUUGAUGGUGCCGAUGAUGAUGAACAAACUGAUGGUAAGAAAUCUAACCAGUUCAUUUUAGAAACCGGUGAUGAACCAUUGAACUUGUUAGAUCGUCAAACCCUUGCUCAUAUUUCUUCUUCCAAACCUAAGAAAUUCACUAAGAAGGAUUUGGCUGCAAAAUCUGAUUUCAAAACUAAGAACGGCAAAUUUGUGUUUAAUGAAGGUGAAGAUGAAGAUGUUCUUUCCUCUAAGGGUUCGGGUAUUGACGCAUACUUAGAUGCUGUUAAACUGGCACCAGUCAGAGGUCAAAAGAAUAAAUUGAAAUUCAAGAAGAAUAAGGAUGAAGAUAACUGGUCUGAAGAUGAAGAUGAAAAACCUGCCUUCAAAAAAUCUUCCAAUAACAAAUUAAUGAAUAAAUCCAAGAUUCAAAAGCCAAAGCAGAAAUUUAAGGCUAGGAAGAAGCUUUGA